CGACCGCAGCGCCCCCAGGCGGUCCGGUGCGGCGAUCGGCGGCAGCAGCACCGCACACCUUUCUAAGCCCGGGCGCGGCUCGCCUCGCGCUUCACGCCGAACGCCACAGCACAUUUCAGAGAUUUACCCGGUCCGGUGCGCGUGUCGUUGCGUGCGCGUGCGCGUCGUGUCGUGUCGCCGGGACGCGUGGGCGCGCCGAGCGGGCGCUGCAGCAGAGCGACCGCAGGUUGGCACCUUCACCUAGCAUGGAGGUGCCCGUCAGCCAGCCCGACGGACAGGAUGUCCAUCAGGACACCCAGCCGUCCGAGGAUGAGGCUUUGGUGGCCGCCGCGCAGAGCGCCGCACAGCCGCAGGCAGCCUCUCCGCCUGGCCAGGAUGAGGCCCAGGCCGCGGCUCAGGCCGCUGCAGAGGAAGCCGCCGCCCUGCAGAAACUGCAACUGCAACAGGAGUCCAGGCCAGCCGUCAUCACCCGGCGAAGCAAGCUGGUGCGCACCAUCACCACCGCCGGGCUCAUCACCGAGGCCGAGGCGGAGGACAUUCCCGAGGAGGAACAGCCUCAGCCACAGAGUGACCUCGGCCACCACCAGGAUGGCGGCGAGCGGCACCAACCCGGCGGGAGCAGUCCCGGCGAAGAGGUCGCACGCGGCCACGCGCACGUCGAGGUUCUGCGGGCCGCUCAGGCGGCAGGGCCAGCCCCCGGCUCCGUGGAGGCGGGCGUGGAUACCCACCCCGAUGAGCAAUUUGAGGUUCGUGACAUGUCCGCCAUCACCCUGGACGCGCGCGCUGCGCAGGAGUACAGCGUGUACGGGGAGCGAGUGGUCAUGGUGACGGAGCGAGGCUACCCCAUGACGGCCGAGGCUGGCCAAUUCACUUACACCAUCGCUAGCACAACCCCUAUGUCUUUCCAUGUCGAAGAGGAUAAAUUGGACCCGGGCAUCCUCAUGAUGCCAGCCGAACUGCCCAGGUACCAGCACAUCGCCCGUGCGCAGACUGGCUCCCCCCACGGCUCGCACCACGCCAACCCCCACGCGCCACUGGCCGGCCCGCACCCGGGGGCACUCCUGGACCACCGCCGCCGGGGCUUCAUGACCGGCUACCCGGAGAUGGGCACUCCGCCACCGCCGCCGCCGCACCAGAUGGACGAUGUUGGGGAGGUGGUCAGCGAUUCCCAUCACCACCAUCAGCAGAUGGGGUACAUCGUGUCACCCCAGCUCAAGUACGAGAACGAGGAGGACGAGCAUCAGCAGCUCAUGCCCCUCCCGGCGGCCACGUACACCACGCUCGAGUCUGGCGGGCGAGCAGGGGAGUGCGGCCCGGACGCCGUUUACCAGCGCGUCACCUACCUGGAGGGCGGCUGGGCGGGCAAGGUGGUGGAGUCCGGCGUCGACGCCCUGGCCAACGCGACAGUGUACUCGCCAGCCUCCUCACCCGUGCACCUCAAGGCAGACCCCACGCUCACCUCCACCUCCACCAACUACUCACCGGCCUACAGCCAUAAGCAGCCCGUGUACUCCCCGUACCUGGCGCAACCCGGCGCCCACAUCUACGACACCUCCGAGUCGCCCACCUCCCAGGGUGGCAUGUACAGCAAUGGGGUCACACAGACGUACUCCGUGUCACAGUCGGCAGCCUGGGCGUCCGGCUCGCCGCAGCCGGGGGAGGCCUUCACUUUCCAACAGUCCCCAGCCAUGUCCUCAAGCGCUGCUCCCUACGCGCAGUACAGCUCCGAGACCUGGGCCCUAACCGACGAACCCUACGACCCGAGCCACCUGGAGAUGAAGGAGUGCGUCAACUGCGGGGCUCCGCACACGCCACUGUGGCGCAGAGACACCGCCGGGAACUACUUAUGCAACGCGUGCGGCUUGUACAACAGGAUCAACGGGGUGAACCGGCCGCCCACGCGGCCGCACAUCAAGAAAGCCCCCGCAGUCAGCCCCCAGGGCAGCGGCAACAGGAGGACAGGGGUCAUGUGCGCCAACUGCAACACUACUACCACAACGUUGUGGAGACGGAACAAUAACGGUGACCCGGUUUGCAACGCGUGCGGACUGUACUACAAACUGCACAACGUAAAUCGACCACUCACCAUGAAGAAAGACAGCAUCCAGCAGAGGAAAAGAAAACCCAAGAAUAAUCCGGGGAGUGCGGGGAUGAGUCCAUCCGUCAAACAGGAGACAAAAGCGCCCGGGUCCAUGCACCACCAAAAGAUGCACAUGUCGGACGGGUACCACUCAUACUCUGGCGGCCAGCCCAUGCCGCUGCAGUACGGGGCUGCCGGGCCCGGCGCCUCCGCGGGCUACCCGGAGGCCUUGGGGCACGCUCUUGGGCACGGCCUUGGGCACGGCCUCGGACACGGCCUCGGACACAGCCUGGGCCACGGCCUGGGCCACGGUCUGGGGCACGGUCUGGGGCACGGCCUGGGCCACGGCUUAGGCCACGGCCUACUCGGGCACGGGGAGGCCACGGGCGGCACAGGUUCCCCCGGGAACCACGGGGGUGCAGGGCUCGACGGGCACCCCGGCCACGGGGGCCACGGGGAAGCCUCGGGCGUGGACUCGUUGAUCCUACCCCCCUCGUGCGUGCUCACCAGCAGGCAUCUCGUUACACAAGUACCGCCGCUAGAGCACAGCACCCACACGGCGCGGCCCCCCGCGAACGGCCCUGUGUCGGCGCCGAGUAGCGUCAUCACCUCGACGGGUCUGCUCCCUGGCGGCGAGCGGGGGAACCACCACGACUGAGCCUCGCACCUGACUGGUGGCGCCAUCCUGCAGCUCAACUGGGGCCGACACCCGACACCGCGACCGCCGCGACGCAGCGUUCGUUCGCUGGGCGGGGCACGCGGCGGGCACGGACACCCACCACACCAGCAUAAGACUGGGACGUUGAACAUUCGCCCUAUCGUGGCAGAAGGCCAUCUUCCUCCUUUCUUGCAAUUUAACCUCUCUGCCAGUGGUGGUGGGAACCGAUGAGUUAUCGGUUCAUUUAACUUCGUGCCGAGUGCGUCCUAAUACAGUGAAAUUAGCAAUACAGUACAACGAUUGCGUGAUUUGUAGGUUUUAAAAAUACCCCCCGAGAGUCAUUCAAUUUCAUGGUUGUUCUGUACAUUCCAGUCGGUAGCUUAAUUUAUAAAAGUUUAUUUAAGAACUGAAAUCAAUCUUUGGGGCAAAGCGCCCUCCUAGUCCAUGUGAUGUGCAACUAAAAGGUCUUUGACCUACCUUAAAAUGCUUUAACUUUGUACAAAAGAAAAUAUACAUAUAUAUACUAUUUUAUUAUUGUACAAAACAUUUUUUAAGUCUUAGUUUUUUGAAACUUGUACCUAAUGCAAGCAGGAGAUAAUCUUAAUUGGUGUGUUACUGGUUCUUGUUGUCCAGGCUGUAUGUUUCUUUUUCAUGUUGUAGACUAUUAUAGUUAAAUCAAACACUGGUCGCAUUUUUCCUCUAAAAACUUAUCCGUUGACAAAUAUUGCGUUAUGAUCGCGGGCGGUCAUAUGCCACAGUCAAUAAAACUCAAGAAAGUAAUAAA